AUGAGAUCUGAUUAUUUUUUAGAUGCAGGGCAUACCGGUGUCAAUCAACUCGGUGGAGUAUUCGUGAAUGGACGUCCACUACCUGAUACAACAAGGCAAAAAAUCGUUGAGCUGGCUCAUGGUGGAGCCAGACCGUGCGACAUUAGUAGGAUACUACAAGUCUCAAAUGGAUGCGUUUCAAAAAUACUCUGUCGUUACUACGAAUCGGGUACGAUAAGACCACGAGCUAUUGGAGGAUCAAAACCAAGGUAUGUAAUUAUUAUUAAUAGCUGA